AUGAUCUUGUCUUUUCUAAUGAAACUAGAUGUGCUUUUUUUUGAAAAUAUAACGGCGCCAUCAGGCUCAAGAAUCGUGUUGUCGGCGAGUUUGGCGGGUGGUGGAGCGGUGCGAGGAGAUGAGCGACCGAGAAACCUUUCACAGCCCUUUCAUCACGGAUCGGUGAAGAUGAAAGAAAUGCUUGGCGGUUGUUGCGUGUGCGCUGAUGAGAAUGGCUGGGCAGGCAAUCCGCUCGUUUAUUGUGAUGGACCCGGUUGUGAAGUGGCUGUUCAUCAAGGCUGCUAUGGAAUAAUCGAGGUUCCAGAUGGAGAAUGGCUGUGUGCACGAUGUGCAGCCGGCUCUUCCACACAGUUGAACGGAGUGAACGGUCAUUCGGAGGUUGAAGAAAUGCGACGGAAUGGUCGAUUGCCAACUCGAUGUGAGCUGUGUCCGUUUGGAUAUGGAGCCUUGAAAAGAACCGAGAAUGGAGGAUGGGCGCACGUGAUUUGUGCUUUGUACAUUCCUGAAGUCCGCUUUGGUGAUGUGCAUAGUAUGGAUCCGAUCAUGUUGAGUGAUGUACCACAUGAAAGAUUUGAGAAAAGUUGCUACUUGUGUGAAGAAGAGGGUCAUUAUAAAUUGGCCGGGAUUGGUGCCUGUAUGCAGUGCAAUAAAAUCGGAUGCAAAAGAGGAUUUCAUGUGACAUGUGCCCAACAAAGGGGAUUACUUUGUGAAGAAGGUGGACAGAGCAAAAACGUGAAAUAUUGUGGUUACUGCGAAAAUCAUCUCAAGAAAGCGGCCAGUGAUCCGUUCAUCAAGAUUGUGCCGGCUGUAAGACUGAGGCCUUCCGCUCAUCCAGUGCCCGCCCAUCCCACACCGCCUAUCUCAGAUCCUGGAGUCCCGCCGAACUCGUUGAACUCCAAUCAACUCGGUCCUUCGCCGCCACAGGUAGCGCAUGUGACGAUGUUGGUGGAGCCUUUACCUCGUCCACCCGAUCCACAUCUACACCCCUCGCUUGUUUCUCUUCCAAACGGAUCCGCUGACGAAUCGCAUCUUCUCAACAAUUUCUCCCCUCCACUAACGGUGAGCAGUCAAUCUUCAAUAGCUCACGACGUGACCCCGCCAUUGGGGAUGUUAAGAACGGAGAACCAUCUUCUUCAAGUUGGAGGCCAAACGAUGUCGGGAAAUCCUCUUUCAACUCAUCUUCCUAACAAUCUAAAUGCCCUUGUUUCUGUGGCAGUUGGUCACUCAGCCGAGCUCACGAAUCACAAUCGAUUAGCUGCGCUUGCCACUCACACAAAUGGUAUUGAUCCAAAGAUCGAGCCGGAGAUGCCGACCGGAGUUGUGCUGAAAGCUAAUACAGCAAAAAGACCAAGAGAACCAAAAGCUGAAGGUGAUAAACCGAAGCGUCCACGAAAUAGCAAUCGUCCCUCUCAAAGGAUGAAAACGCUGUUAGACUUGGUCGGCCCAGUUGUCACGGAAACCGUUUCCGACUUUCAACGAAGUGGAGGAGCUGGACCUUCGACGAUACCUGCGAUGCCUGCUGGAGCACAAAUGCAACAUCCCACUCCACUAGCUACACUUCCCAAUGGGGCCACCAUUCAAAUCGGAUCUGCCCCACCAUCGGCAACUCUUAUUACGGGUCCGGCUCUUGUUGGAAUGCCGACCGGUCCAACCACUUCUCGUCCCUCUCAUCAAUCGACAUUACCCUCUUCAAUGGAACAGUUAUUGGAAAGACAAUGGGAACAAGGAACUCAAUUUCUGUUAUCCCAAGCCCAACCUUUUGAUGUUGCCCAAUUGCUCACUUGCUUACAUCAACUAAAAACUGAGAAUGUUCGAUUACAUGAGCAACUGAAUGGACUAAGUCGGCGAAAGGAACAUUUGAUGGCAUUGAAUACCAGACUGAACAUGCCACUCGUACCACCAUCUUCAAUGCAGGCUCAGCCACUCUCUGUAUAUCAUCAAUCUCAACCGAUGAUGGCUGUGGCUCCAAUGUCAACAGCAAUGCCAUCUCCUCAUCAUUCUCCUCAUGUUCCCUCAUCAUCGCACACCUUUUCGGUCAGCGAAGAGAACCUCGCUCAAAUCAGAAAUUUAACUACCUCAGGGAUGAGCGCGAUGUCUCAAACUCCGCUCUCGGUACUACCCCGACCGUCAUCGUUAGCGCGACCGCCAAGUCAAACGGCACCGACGGCUUCUUUCGCGACACCGAGCUCAAGUGCUCACUCUUUUCUUCCGCAACAUUCAACUCCUCCCGGUUCCACAAACACGAAUUUCCAACAAAGGCCGACAAUAUCGAUGCAUUCCAUUGUGUCAGGGACUUCCCCGCAAAUCGUCUCAUCUCCUGCACCGGGCGCUCCAUCCGAGAACAUUGUUUCCACUUCAUCCGCCCAUCAAGCUAUCAGCCCUGAGCGACUUCUUGCCAAUGUCGGCUUGCUGCCAUCACCACGGGGACUUCUUGGGGAUCCACUUCUCACUCAAUUUCUCCUUCAACAGCAGCAACAACAACAACAACAGCAAAGACAAUCGUUGUUCAGUCAUCCGUCAGCCGCACAAAUCCUCGCUCAAUUCAUGCUACCCGGCAUCAAUCAAGCGAAUCCCAAUCCCGCACAACCACCAUCUCAACCCAAUAAA